GAGCCAAGGAGGAGAAGACGGCGAAGGAGGAGGAGGAGGAGAACAGCAGCAGCAGGAGGAGGAGCGGCGGCGGCGGCGGCGGCGGCGCCAUGGCGGCCCUGGAGCGGCCCGUGCCCAGUCCCGAGGCGUUCCUGGGCCAGCCCUGGGCCGCCUGGGUCCGGGAGGCCGCCCUUCCGCACACGCACUGCGCCGCCCCCCUGCACAGUGUAGAGCUAGAAGAGUCUGGAAAAGAGGGUGGAAAAAACAGGGAGGUGAUGAGGCUUAAUAAAGAAGAUAUGCACUUAUUUGGCCAUUAUCCUGCUCAUGAUGAUUUCUAUCUAGUAGUGUGCAAUAUCUGCAAUCAGGUAGUCAAGCCACAGGUUUUCCAGUCACACUGCGAACGAAGACACGGUUCAAUGUGUAAACCUUCCCCAUCUCCAGCUUCUCCACCCUGCAAUUCCAGGGCAUCACUAAUACAGAUGAAACCGAAAUCCUGUAUCAGCGGCCAUAACCCUGUCAACAACAACUCAAAGCCAUUCAAAACGCCCAAAGACAAUCUAAUUACCUCCACUAGCAAACAGCACAUGGUCUUUUCUUCAAAAGUAUCAAGGGAUAAACCUUGUGUUCCUGUUCCUGUAGUCAGUCUAGAGAAAAUUCCUAACCUAGUGAAGGCAGAUGGUGCCAAUGUUAAAAUGAACUCUACAACCACUACCACCAUCACCACCUCCUCAGCCUCUUCAUCCACCAUACCUGCUCCAAUUAAAUCUGCUUUGACAUCUAAAUCAGUGCCACCAUCACCAGAAAAGAUUCUGAACGGCAAAGGAGGUAUAGCUCCAUCAAUAGACAAGAAGCAUCAAAAUGGCACUAAAAACAGUAACAAGUCGUACAAGAGAGUUUCAGAAAGAGAGUUUGACCCAAAUAAACACUGUGGAGUAUUGGAUCCUGAGACAAAGAAACCCUGCACAAGAUCACUCACCUGCAAGACUCAUUCACUUAAUCACCGGCGAGCAGUUCCAGGACGUAAAAAGCAGUUUGACAUCCUUUUAGCUGAACACAAAGCUCGAUCUCGGGAAAAAGAAGUGGCAAAAGACAAGGAGCAUCUGCAAUCUAUAAGGGAAACACAUCAGAGCCAACCUGUACCAGUACAAGAUGCUUUGUCAGGAGCAUCAGUGAACUCUGGGCAAGAACCUAAAGGGACAUCACCUGCGAAAUCUAGACCGUCCAAUUCAGUAUUUCCUAGACCCUCCUCUACGAACAGCAUCAAUAGCACCAGUUCUUCAAACCACAGUGGGUAUGCACAGGAAUUGCCUCUGCCUUCCCUGGGAGGAGAUUUGCCUAGUAGAUUAUCCAGUGAUGAAGGGGAAGUGGAUGGAUCUGAAGAAUCUGAGAAAUUAGACUGCCAUUAUUCUGGACACCAUCCGCGGCCUCUUGGGUUUUGUUCAUUCGGAAGUCAUUUGAUGGGAAGAGGGUACUAUGUAUUCGAUAGGAGAUGGGAUCGUUUUCGACUAGCGCUAAAUUCCAUGGUAGAAAAACACUUAAAUUCACAGAUGUGGAAGAAAAUCCCUCCUGCGGUCGAUAGCCCUAUGCCCUCCCCAGCAGCACAUAUCACCACCCCCUUUCCAGCAUCGGUUCUGCAGCCUUUCAGCAAUCCCAGUGCCGUGUACAUCCCUUCAGCGCCAAUCAGUUCAAGAAUCCCUUCUUCCUACCUAAUGACUUCGCCCAUGUUAUCAAAUGCAUCUUUUGUCACUACGUCGGAUACAAAUUCCAUUAUGUCCCACACCACAGCUUUCCCUCAUGUGGCUGCCAGCCUGAGUAUCAUAGAUUCAACAUUUAAGACACCGUCAGCCAUGUCGCCAGUGCCAGCAGUCGUCCCUUCCCCAUCCCACAAGCCGCCCAAAACGAAAACCAGCAAAUCCUCAAAAGUCAGAGAUCUGUCAUGCCGCAGCGAUGAGUCUUCUAGUAACAAAAAGAAAAAGCCGCCGUCUUCUUCGUCGUUAUCUUUGCAGACUUCCUCUUCAUUUUCAGGGUCUCACAAAAAGAAUUGUGUCUUGAACCCCAGUUCAACACUGAACUCUUAUCAGGCUACAUCUUCCUAUAACAGUAUAUCUGUGCACAAUGCAAACAAUGGAACAACCCCACACAGUGCCAAAUCGGAGCCCUCAGGACGGACUUCAUUAUCAAGUAGCUCAACGGACUCAGUGAAACAUAUGAGCAUUGUAGUAAGCAGUAUUGACUCCUCUAGCUUGUCUGUGCCCUCUCUUGUCCACCAUUCAGGGGACCAUUCCUUAGCAGCACACAAUGCAGUGUCUUCUCUACCCCUUUGUUUUGACAAAUCAGAAGGGAAAAAACGUAAAAACUCUAGUUCUAGUAGCAAAGCCUGUAAAAUCACUAAAAUGCCUGGUAUGAAUAGUGUUCACAAAAAGAGCACUGCCAACCUUAUUUCUACGGUGCCAGAUACUCCAAACAGCUCCAUCUCUCGGCAGAUUGGAAAAAACAGCAGUGUAGCUUUGUCUCAAUCCAGUCCUUCAAGUACAUCAAAUCCAGUGCACAACAAACAAAAGACAUUAAACCGGACUGGUAGGAUAAGGACUCUUCCAUAACAAGGAAAAGCAACCAGCCUAUAAUCAGAGUUUCUUGUUUUACUUGCUGUGUCCUGCAGAUAGACUUAACUUAAUUUUUUGGUGUUUUUUUAUUUUUAAUUUAUAUAAAACUGUAAUAGUGAUUUAUUUUCCUUUUUAACAUAGUUUGGCCUCCAAUCUGUGCAAUCUGGUUUGAUUUGGAUUGAUGAUUUUUAAUGCAAAUAUCUGUAUUUCCCCCUCUUUGUUUCUUGCAAACAAUGACAGCAGUAGACAUUCCAAAAUAAUGCCAUUUGAUGUUAAAAUAUUAACAUACCCUUCAUUAUUUAAAAAUUACAGUAACUUCUGUAUUGAUUAUUGUCCUAUGGAUACAAACAAUUGCCUAGUGCAUUUCUCAACAGUAUAUAUGUUAACAAUUGGGGGAGUACUGUGUGCCCAGACAUGUUACUGAUAUCAGUGGUUUCAGUGUGCAACACCUGUUGUUCAUUAUAGUGUUCCUAAUCCUUUCAAUGCAUUGAAUGGUUUGUGCAUCUUGCUUUCACAGGAAUUAAUAGGAGUGCUAUAUGAAAAUGUCUUCAUAUGUAGAUGGAGGGCCCCAAAGAAUCCAUGCUACUGUUCUCCUUAAUGAAACAAAUUAUUCUUGAAAAGUCAGGAGUUGGGCAUACUGAAUUUGCAUCAGUAGAAUUGCACUGACAAUGUUUUACAGGAAUUACUGAAUAAUUCUUUUUAUAAAAGUAGAUUUUUGUAAUCAGGAAAUCAAUAUUACUAGGGUACUGCAAAAUUACUACAGAGAAGUUAUCUUUUAUUUCUACAGUGUUAAAGUGCACUUAUAUGCUGGUUUAUUUACAUCCUGGGGAAAAGGAGAAAGAAUGCAAAUAGGGAAAUGGUUACUUUUUUCUUUUUCUUUUUUAAAAAAGGCUUAUGGCAGAUUUUAAAACUUAUGAAAUGUUUAACAAUUGUAAACAAGGCUAGGCCCUUUGGGGGGAAAUUAGAAAUUAUUCUUAAAGUAAUUUUUAUGGUAUUAAUUUUGUAAUAAUUUAUGUUUUGCUAUAUUUGGGAGGCAGGAGAAAUCGUUUCUUGAACAAUAUGAAACUUACGGCACAAUCCAAUGCUUGUUUAGACAGAAAAAAGUCCUACAAUUCACAGCAUUCCCCAGUCAGCCAUGCUGGCAGUUGUAUGACUUUUUUUCUAUUGAAACAUGCAUGAAAUUUGCGCCCUUAGGAAAGUUUAAGCAAUGUUUAUACUUUUCAUGUACUUUGUGGUUUUUUUGUACAUUUCUUCAGACUGAAAAAAUGUGUACAUAUCUUUGUUAUUUUUGCACAAUUUUUGUCUUCAGUUAUAGGAACAGAACUUGUUUUUAAAAACUAAUUUAUUUUGUGUUGUAUAACACAACUCGUGUUUUCAAAUCUGAGUAACAAAGCACCCUCUGAUUAGAAAACUGCCAUUUUCUUCUUUUAGAGGGGAAAACAGUGAUGGUGAAAUUCAGUGGCUGCUUCUGAUCAUUAAUGCCACUCAAUGACUGAAGGAGCAAUUCAGUAGUGUUAAGAAUUCUUUAGCUCUCAACAUGCAAUCGUUCUGUAGGAAUCUGGACUGUGGAGAGUGUUCUUUGAAUGCUGCUUUAUAUAUGUAUCCUUUCACUUUCAGUGGCUUAGGUCUGAUUUGGAGCAUUUUGGAAACCUAAGUAUAUAUAUAGAUAUAAAAUAACCCCUCCCAUGGUUUUUUUGUUGCCCACAUUUUUUUUAAAAAAAAUGCUAUUUAAUUUUAUAUGUACUAAAACGUUCGGCCUGAAAACUGAAAUGCAUUUUUAAAAAUGGAUAUGAACUGGACCAGCCUAUAAUGUAUUAUUAGUGUAGCAUCAUUCAACAGUUCUUUUUCUCCCCGUCUCCUCCCCCAUUUGCCUGAAGACUUUGUGAUUCGUUUCCAGCAAUAGAGGCUCAGAAGCUUUGGUUGUUACACAUACGCAAUGCAUAGGCCCGUCAGCCAUAUUUAAAGAAAAAAAGCGACUUGGAUAACUUGUAUGCCUUCUUUUGUAUCAAUGUUAACAAUUGUAUAUAGUGCUGAUCAACCUUUGUAGAGAAUAGUUUAUACAGCAUAUUCUAUUAUUGCUGAUUCUCAGUGAACUAUUGUUUAAAAGAAAAAAAAAGAAAUUUUUCUAUUUACACCUUAUAUUUUGUUAUGCUGUUGACCCAUGGCACUUUAACAAAACUCUGUGGGUUUUGCAUAGCUGGUCAGUCAUGGGGAAUAUUAACUGUUGCACAGAAAUGAAUUUGCACCUCCUCUAUUGUGCUUUCCUACUACAGAUUUUAGAAUCUUUUUCCAGAAGACUUUUGAAGAAAGCAUGUCCAAUCAUUCUAAAAGAAAAUGCCAUACGUGUACAGUCAAUUUCUUUUCUACAAACCCAUAUUUUAUAACACUAAGUAUUUUCAUUCUUGGUUCUGCACCUUUUAUGUAUUAGCAGUAUCAGAGAGAACCCAUUCCAUGCUUGUGAUAAUUGUAAGUGUUGAAAGUAGGUGUAAAUAGUAAACUUUAUGGCUUACAGUUUUGAAAAAAGGAACAAACACGUAUCUGACUGAUACUGCCAUGGUUUAACACCAGGCCUGGAGAUAUUCUCUAGUGAGCGAUUGUAUUUUUGUUUUGUUUUUUGGGUUUCUAUUUUGUUUUUUGCUUUAUUAUUAUUUUUUGUAACAUGGCUUUGUAAAUAAAAUAAUUUAUAUGUUUGUAAGAAAAA